CGGUGCGGACCUCGUUCGGAGACUCGAGAAAUACGAAAACCGACUCGUGAUUCGUGACAAUCUAACUGAAAAAAGCCGAAGCGAAGUGAUUUUGCUACGUUUGUGGUUUAGCCAGCGUCUUUUGUUUUUUUCGGCAUCGGUUUUUUCGGCUGCCCGCGGCUAAACUUGAAAUUAAAGCUGAUUCGGCGAAGCCAGAGAUACAAGAUACAUAUGCAGAUGCGAGCUCAGUGCUGAGAGCUGCAGAUAGAUAGACAAACAGUGAAGUGAGAUACAAGUGGCGAGAUACAAACCUCCGCGAACCCACGUCGAGAUACUUUAUUUAUAUUGUCCUGGAUUAAAUAUAUCUAAAAACAUCUCGAUUGUGGCCGUCAACAUGUCGAGCUAAGCUGCGACUGCUCCAGCUCAACUCAACCCACAGAUUGGAGAUCGCAGAUCGCACAACCCGAGAUGCUGGACAAGAUGACAGGCUCAUCCGUGUCGGUGUCCACCUCCUGCUGCAGUUCGAACGCCACCAAUGCGGACCUGGACUACGACGUGCCCGUCUCGCGGCGCAUCCUCAUUAAAUCGAAACUUUAUGCCAAGGCCAUUUACGAUAAUUAUGCAGACACGUCGGACGAGCUGGCCUUCAAGAAGGGCGACAUCCUCACCGUCAUCGAACAGGACACGGAAGGCAUCCAGGGAUGGUGGCUCUGCUCCCUGCGCAACCGACAGGGUCUUUGCCCGGGCAACCGGUUGCGCGUGCUGAACUCGUACGACUCUGGAUGCUUCUCUCCGUCGCCGGCCAGCUCCCCGAUUCCAUCGCUGGCGGCCAGCACAGCCACGCUGAACAGUUCCAUCUGCUCGGCGGAGAUCUACGAGAACGGUUCCAUCAUCAGUGCGGCAUCGGGAUCCUCCUCGAAUUCAAACUCAAACUCUGGAGGGAAUGGAAAUGGAGGCACGAGAAGAUCAUGGCACGUCUCACCGAACAAGGUAAUCACGCCACAGAGGCACGGUGAUGUCUACAUCUACAACUGCUCGCCAGGAUCGCCAGCUACUGGUAGUGGAAGUGGGACAGGAACAGGGGCAGCCCAGCAGAUCUACAGCAACCAAAGCAUCUACCAGAACCUAGCCAUGAUGAACGGAGCAAACGGAGCAAACGGAGGAGCAGGAAAUGGCAGCGAGUUCGAGACCUAUGACAUACCCAAGCCGGCCACGCCCGUGCCGCAGAACUACGAUAGUCCCAGGAGCGGCGGAGCACUCCCGCCGCCGAGGACCCCCACCUCCAUUGGCUCCAGCCUGGGCGCUCGCUUCGAGUCGCUCAAGAGCGUGGCCGCCUCCAUCGAGGAGGAGUCCUACGAUGUGCCCCGGCCCCUGAUCUCCUCCGGCAGCAGCCUGCUCCAGCAGCAGCUGUCCCAGAUGACGCCGAGCAGCUCCGCCUCCUCGCUGCUGACCAGCGACAGCCUCUCGCUGAGCUUCUCCAGCUCCAACCGCUCCUCGCUGGCCAAUAUGCCCGACUACGAUAUACCACGUCGCAAUCCUCUCCCUGUGCGUCGUCAGCAGAGCGGUCUGGCCUACGACUUUCCGCUGCCACCGCUGCAGGAACAGGAGCAGCAGCAGCGAACCGCACCCGCCACCACCACCACCUCCGUCGCUACUACCACCACCACCAAAGAACUGCCGCUGGAGCUCAGCUCGGCGCUGGAAACCCUGGCCAAGCUGCAGCUCCAGACGACUGCCGCCAUCAGCCGACUCCUCAGCUUCGUGGUGCCCAACUGGCGCACCCGAGCCCAGUUAGAACCGGCCAUCAUGGAGCUGAAGCUGGCUGCCCUGCGCCUGCGCACCGCCCUCCACGACCUGGCCGAAUUCGGCGAGGGAGCCCUGGGCAAUGCCACCCGCUCGGAGGACCGCAACCUGGCCCUCAAGCUGCGGCCCUUGGUGCGGGCUCUGCGGGAUGCCAACAAGCUAAUACACGACUCCUCCGAGUCCCUCGACGCCCAAGGCGGCUGGUCGGUGGAGCAGCUGGCCCGGAAUGACGACAAGCACGGCUGCCGGCCGCCCGAUGCGCUGGACCAGCUGAUGGCCUGCGCCCAGACGCUCACCGAGGACGUGCGCUCCACCACCAGCUUCAUCCAGGGCAACGCCUCGCUGCUCUUCAAGCGGCAGCUGGUGGCGGAUGCGCAGAACGGAGGAGCAGCUGCCGUCGAGGGCAGUCGGGGCAGCGCCGAGUGGCUGGAGGACUACGACUAUGUGGCCUUCGAGUCCAAGGAUGCGGCAGCCCGGAAGAAUCAGGCUUUGCGAGAGGCCAUUCCCGCUGGCUUAAAGACCCAGUUCGAUACGGUGAUCCGCACAGCCGAGAGCUCCGCCAUGGGCGGCACUACCGGCACUCCCGGAUCGAUGCCCACCACGCCCACAACGCCCUGCAAGUCGCCCGAGAUGACCGACAAGGACAAGAAGCUGGUGCGCUACUACGCCCAGCAGAUCUCCACGCACAUGGGCAACCUGAUGCAGGCCAUCGACUCCUUCCUGGAGACGGUGGAGAAGAACCAGCCGCCCAAGUACUUCAUUGCCUACGGCAAGUUCGUGGUGGUUAGCGCCCACAAUCUGGUGACCAUCGGGGACAACGUCCACCGGAACAUCUCGAAGGAGGCGCUGCGCGAGAAGAUCCUGCGGUGCACGAACUCUCUGUCCGACGCUUUAAAGACCUGUGUCUCCAAGUCGAAGAAGGCGGCGGCCCACUUCCCCAGCGGCAGUGCCGUCCAGGAGAUGGUCGACUCGGUGGUGCACAUCAACAGUUUGGCCAGGGAACUGAAGGCGGUCAUGCUGCAGGCUGUGCACCUGUCCACGGUGGCGGGAGUGGGCGCCUAAAGAGAGAACCCGAUCCCCAUCCCGAUCCCCAAGCCCAGUAUUAGCUGAAAAGGCGUGCAGCCAAGUCUUCCAGCUUUGUCCACGCUUUGGCAGAUGUUUAUAUCUGAAAUUGGCAUAUCCUCCUGCGCCGAUUGUCGCUUAUAUUUUGCAUUGUGAUAUUUUUGAGCAAAACAUCUGAAGAAAAUGCACAGCACACCGCAGUCCAAGAUCGACCGAAAAACGAACCAGAUUAUUCUAAGUUUCGAUUCUGUACAUAGUAUCAUAGUAUCAUAGCUCAUCCUAGCCUCCGAACUAUUGUAAAUUAGCAUAUUCCUUAGUCCCCAUGCCAUGCGCACAAGCAAUGUUGUAUCAGUGAAGCAUUUCAGCGUAGUUUUGUAUACUCUAGGCUUAGGAUCGUACCACAUAACAUAAUCUGCUUAGAUUAAGCACGCAUAUUUAGUACUUGCAUAGUCAGAAUCUGAAAGAUUUACACUCAACAUUUUGCAUUGUGCCGCGGCAACGAUAGUCAGCAAUAUACGAAGAAAUACACAAAUAAAUCGUAAUCUACCAAGUAAA